GAGUUUUGCUGAAUGUUAAGAUCAGUGGUGAGGGAUGCAGCUCUGUGGGCUACAACAUAAGUUGUCGAGGUGAGAAGAUUUCUGGCUGGGUGUUUCCUUCCAUCACUGCAGGGACUAAACUACCCUAACAUCACUUUUUAAGGUGACGAGAUUUGUGCUGCUACCACUACUUUUACUCUGUGGUCGAACACCACCAGAGGCAAACUUUUUAAACAAACUUCAGCUUGUUUGAUCGGCGUCCUCCCGUUGGGUCCCGGCGAGGAGGAUGGAGACGAGCCCCAUCCCGGUGGUGACGGUCCAAACCGCCCCCUUCGACGACCAGCGGCCCGGUACCAACGGGCUGCGGAGGAAGACGGCGGUGUUCGAGGGGAAGAAGAACUACCUGCAGAACUACAUCCAGAGCGUGUUGUCCUCCAUCGACCUGCGGGACAGACAGGGCUGCACCAUGGUGGUGGGCAGCGACGGCCGCUACUUCAGCAGAGCUGCCACCGAGGUGAUAGUGCAGAUGGCAGCUGCGAAUGGGAUUGGUCGUCUGGUAAUUGGCCACAACGGCCUCCUGUCCACCCCUGCUGUUUCCUGCAUCAUCAGGAAGAUCAAGGCCAUUGGCGGGAUCAUCCUCACAGCUAGUCACAACCCCGGAGGUCCUGGUGGAGACUUUGGAAUCAAGUUCAAUGUGGCAAAUGGAGGCCCGUCUUCGGACACAGUGAUGGAGAGGAUCUAUCAGGUGAGCCGGACACUCGAGGAGUAUGCAAUCUGCCCCGAUCUCCGCAUUGACCUGUCCAGGCUGGGAAGACAAGAUUUUGACCUGGAGAACAAGUUUAAACCCUUCAGAGUGGAGAUCGUAGACUCAGUCGAGGUGUAUCUACAACUGCUGAGAAACAUCUUUGACUUCAGUGCCAUUAAAAGUCUUCUCACGGGACCAGACCAGCUCAAGAUACACAUAGAUGCCAUGAAUGGGGUGAUGGGCCCCUAUGUACGUAGGAUCCUGUGUGACGAGUUGGGAGCUCCCGCUAACUCUGCUGUCAACUGUGUCCCUCUGGAGGACUUUGGUGGCCGACCUCCAGAGCCCAACCUGACUUACGCCACCUCUCUGGUAGAGGCUAUGAAAGGAGGGGACUUCGGCUUUGGAGCUGCAUUUGAUGCAGAUGGGGACCGGUACAUGAUCCUUGGAGAAAAUGGCUUCUUUGUGAACCCCUCAGACUCGGUGGCCAUCAUGGCUGCCAACCUCUCCACCAUCCCCUACUUCAGACAGCUGGGAGUCAAGGGCUUCGCUAGGAGUGUUGCCACCAGCACCGCCCUCGACAGGGUAGCCAAAGGUCUGAAACUGGCGCUGUAUGAGACUCCAACAGGCUGGAGAUACUUUGGGAACCUGAUGGAUUCUGGGCGUUGUUCCCUCUGCGGGGAGGAGAGCUUUGGGACAGGUUCAGACCACAUUCGUGAGAAAGAUGGCUUGUGGUCAGUGUUGGUGUGGAUGUCCAUCAUGGCAGCCAGGAAACAGGGUGUGGAGCAGAUCGUCAGAGAACACUGGGCCAAGCUUGGACGUAACUACUUCUGCAGGUUUGACUAUGAAGGCCUGGACCCGCGUGCAGCCUUUUACCUGAUGAGGGAUCUGGAGUCAGUUAUCUCGGACAAAGCAUUCACCAGCCAGAAGUUUGCCGUGGGAGACCACAUAUACGGCGUGGAGAGGGCCGACAACUUUGAGUACAUCGACCCCGUGGAUGGAAGUGUGGCUCGUAACCAGGGUUUAAGGAUCGUCUUCAAUGAUGCGUCGCGACUGGUGUUUCGGAUGAGCGGGAGUGGUGGAGGGAUGGGUGCCACCAUCCGCAUUUACGCUGAGAGCUUUGAGAGAGACCCCGAGAGACACAACAGAGAGACACAGGUGGUGCUGGGUCCUCUCAUCGCCAUCGCCCUGAAGAUCUCCAACAUCCAUGAGAGGACAGGACGCCGCGGCCCUAACGUCAUCACAUGAGCAACCAGGAAAACACACUCACAUGCACGCAUACACAUGCAAAAAUACCUUCAAAAUACCUUUUCAUGUACUUAUGUGCCAUUUUUUUAAAGCCCUUUUCUUCAUUCUCAUUUUUCUUUUUUCUUGACUAAACUGAGGGUGCUUAUCUCUGUAAGAGAAAAAACAAAGUUCUCUCAGCUGUUUAUUGACCACUACCAUCUAUCAGCUAUCGAAAGCAUAGAAUAUUCAGUGUUAAAACCAGGGAAGCUAUUUAAUUAUUGGCAUAAAUAAAUAAUGAAAAAUAUGUAAACAGCAAUCCUGUUAUGAAUGUGCAGACUGACUGUUAAUGCUUGUUACUUGCAGUUAUUAAGAUUUAUUGACUAAGGGAGCCAAAGAUGAUUUUUUUAUCAUUCACCAUGGUGUUUUUGUAAAACAGUGCAGCAUUCACUUGUCAUAUUGCUUGUACCUGUCUUCUUAUCUACGUCUUUUUCCCCCCAAACCAUUUCAUGCAAAGUAGUAUUCAAACUUUUGUCUAAGUGUAAAAUAAAACAGGUGUUGCAUCACAACUAAAAUAUCAGUGAAUUGAAUUACAAUAAGUUUAUGUUUAUGGGAUGAAUGUUAAUGCUUAUCUUGCUUUAUGAAGAUGUUGGAAGUUGUCAUGUUUACUACCUAAGGACAGGGUAUUCAAAAUGUAAAAUAACCAGAAAAUAAGCCCAAAGGUAAUGAAAAAGAAUUAUACAUUUUAGAUUUGUUUGCUAAUCUGACUUUCUCUUCAAUUUGACAAUUUAGGCCUUUUGGAAUGCCCUAUAAUCAUAUUUGAAUAUAUUAUUUCUUUUUUUAAAUCCAAAUAAACAUUUUUUUGUGUGUGUA